AUGCUGCAAAACGAACAUGCUGUACCCUAUCAGCUUGCUUUGGAUAACCCAUCAGUCACCCUUCUCGGAUUUAUGUCUCGCGGUUUUGGAUUGAACAAACCUGUCUGGCAAAACACAAACUUUGUGGUUUUCGACGAACUCUUCAAGUCUGUUGCAGCAAACGGAAAUGCUGACGCUCCGCCUGAAGGGUGGCGCCGUCCACAAACGCCGAGGCGUAUUGGAAAUGGUGCCACUGAUACUCGUUGGCUGAACCAUGCUAUAAGUGGACACCCAGCCAAGGGACAUGCUAUGGCUGCUCCGGUUGAUGCUGACCAGACACCAGAAGGAGCUCUGGCAAACAGAGCCCAUCAAGCAAAAGCCAGAAAAGCCCACAUUCUCAGCAGCAAGCCUCUAUGGUAG